AAGCUUUUUAAGAGAAAACAAAUGUGUGAAAUGGUAAUUAUUUAAUUGUGGAUGGUCUUUUAUUGUUAUUAUUUUACUAACUAUGAAGAGAUUUGAUCUUAAAUAUUAUUGAGUAUUCUCCUUAAAUAUUUUUGUAAUUUAUUUUUAAGUCAAUUACAUACAUAUCUUAAAUCAAGAUAAUCAUUCACAAUAAAAAAUUAUCACCAUGCAUUUAAAAAUCAUUUUAUUUUGGUUUAUUGUCACUUGUAGUGUAUAUGUUGGUUGUAUAAGAGAAGAACGGACAAAGAGUCUUGAUCAAAAAGUGCUGCAAUUAAAUGAUAUGUAUGCAAAAAAGUUUGUAAUGAGAUUUAAUGGGCCAAAGUUCAAAGAAUUUGUUAAAAAUCCACCAAGAAAUUAUUCAGUCAUUAUGAUGUUUACUGCUAUGGCAUCUCACAGACAAUGUUCAAUUUGUGGUCAUGCGAGUGAUGAAUUUGUCGUUGUUGCAAAUUCUUAUCGCUAUGCUCAUAGGUUAGAUGGUCCUUUAUACUUUGGAAUAGUUGACUUUGAUGAAGGUUCAGAUAUUUUUCAGACGAUGCGAAUUAACACUGCACCUGUUUUUAUGCAUUUUCCAUCUAAAGGUAAACCAAAACCAUUGGAUACCAUGGAUAUCCAAAGACUUGGUUUUGCUGCAGAAAUGAUUGCUAAAUGGAUACAAGAAAGAACAGAUGUACAAAUACGAAUUUUCCGGCCUCCAAAUUAUUCAAGCACGCUUGCUUUGUCAAUAUUGUUUGCAAUUUGUUCAUCAUUUUUGUAUGUCAGAAGAAACAAUAUGGAUAUGUUUUUCAAUAAAAAUUUAUGGGGUAUUGGAGCUGUGCUAUUCUGUUUAACCAUGAUAUCUGGACAAAUGUGGAAUCAUAUAAGAGGACCACCUCUUAUGCAUCGUAACCAACAAGGAAUUAUUACUUACAUUCAUAACUCAUCUCAAGGUCAGUUUAUAGUAGAAACAUACAUUAUCAUUGUUUUGAAUACUAUUUUGGUUUUUGGAGCCAUACUUAUGACAGAUUCAUAUACAAAGAAAACUGAAUCAAAAACCCGCAAAAUAAUGGCUAUUGGUGGCUUAGCUUUAGUGGUGUUUUUAUUUAGUGUUAUACUAUCAAUAUUUAAAUCUAAAGCCCAUGGUUAUCCUUACAGUUUUUUGAUCAAAUGAAUUAUUCAAUAAAUACUACUUAAACAUAAUUGUUCAACCGGUGAAAAAUUGAAAAUUAAAAUUGACAUUGAAAAUGUCAUGUACUGAAAUGAAUUAUAUAUUUCUGUUUGAAAUUAAUUAUACUUAUUAAAAUUAAAAACCUCAAGGAAUUUUACGAAUA